AUGCUCCCUCUCUUCCUCCUCGCCUCCGCCGUCUCGGCCGCCACCACCACCGACCUCGCCUACGUCGCUGCCAACUUUGAGAACGCUGGUCUCGCCACCGUUUUCCCCGCCUUCGCCCCCGAGGCGGUGCUCGACGCGUCCUUUGGUGGCUCCGAGGUUGCCAUUGGCAAGCCCGUCACGCAGGCCACCGCAGGCACCCGCCCCGAGCUCACCGUCGACGGCGGCGACUCGUUCAACUCGACUGGCAAGUACUCGCUUCUCCUCGUCGACACCAACAUUGUCGGCUGGACUGAGGGCCAGAACCUCCACUGGCUGACGAACGGUGUGACCCUCAGCGGCAAUGGCACCGCGACCCCCGACUACUCGGCUGCGACCGACAUCCGCUCGUACGCCGGCCCCGGCCCCGCCGAGGGCUCGGGCGCGCACCGUUACGUCCUGCUCCUCUACCGCGAGCCCACUGAGUUCAAGGCCCCCGAGGGCUUCGCCGCUCCCAUCAAUGACGUGAUCCCGUUCCAGGUGUCCGAGUACGCGACCGCGGCUGGUCUCGAGCUUGUCGCCGCCAACUACUUUACCGUCGAGAACGGCGUGGCCACCGUCUCGGUCUCGGCGACCCAGGCCGUCGACUCGGCCACCCUCGCCCCGCCCAGCUCGAGCACUGCGUCGUCGGCGGUUGCUUCUGGCUCGUCUGUCGCAUCAGGCUCGUCUGCCGCGUCGUCUGGCUCGCAGACCCCUUCCAAGUCGGCUGCCAGCGCCAGUGCUUCGACCCCGGCUGCCACCAACUCGGGAGCCGGCAAGGCCGUCCCCUCGGUCUUCGCUCUCGUUGCUGGCGCUUUCCUCGCCUUCUUCUAA